AGAAAAGAAAAAAAGAGAGAGAGAGGAGGUUAAAGAGAGCAACUUACAAAUCUCAGCUCAGCUUUACACACUCAAAGAUGGCGGUCGCGCCCCUAAACCUCCGCCGUCAACUCUCCAUCUCUUCCUCUCCUUCUUCAUCUUCGUUGCACCCUUCUCACCUUCUUACCCCUCAACUCUGCAAAAUCUUAAAACCGCCCCAAAAUCCCAGGAAAAAAUUCUCCAUUUCCUCCUCCUCUUCCCCGAUUUUCCUUCCCUUCCUACAAACCCCAUCAGUUAAGCAACCUCAAAUUCCCGACCAAGAUGAAGAGACCCAAGAUUCCGACGACCCGCUUCUCAAAUUCUUCAAGACCCGAACUUCAAAACCGGACCCGCCUCAAGAAGGCCGGAUUUCCCUCCAAAAGAACCGCAGAACAUCGUGGCAUCUGGCGUCAAAUCUCGAUGACCCAGAAUCGGAAGCUGCAACAAAAUCCAAAACAGAUAAUUUAGAUGCAUCAUCUGACAAAAUUGCAGAGACCCCAGCAGAAGUGGAGGGGGGAAUCGUAGGGGAAAUACUUAAAAUCGCGAGGGCGUUACCGGAGAACGUCACGUUGGGAGAGGCGUUGGAAAGGUGUGAUUUUGGAGGGAAAUUAGGGGCGGAGGAGUGUCUGGAGGUGUUGAGAGUGUUGGGCAAGGAGGGUGAGGUGAUGAGCUGUUUGUAUUUCUUUGAGUGGAUUGGAUUAAGAGAGCCGCAUUUGGUUACUGCGACGGCGUGCUCAGCUCUGUUUCCGGUGCUGGGGCGGGCGGGGAAGGGGGACGAGUUGUUGGUGGUGUUCCGCAAUCUGCCUUUCAAGCAGAAUCCGCACUUCAGAGAUGUUCGUCUUUACAAUGCUGCGAUUUCGGGGCUCAUGUCGUGUGGAAGGUAUGAUGAUGCUUGGGCAUUGUUUGGGAUGAUGGAAGCAAGUAACAUCCGGCCUGAUCACGUAACAAGUUCUAUCAUGAUCACAGUCAUGAGGAAGAACAGAGAUAGUGCUGAAGAUGCGUGGAAAUUCUUUGAGAAGAUGAACCAGAAAGGCAUCGAGUGGAGUUUAGAAGCCGUGGGGGCACUUAUUAAAUUGUUCUGUGACGAGGGGUUAAAGAAAGAGGCUCUGAUUAUCCAAUCAGAACUUGAAAAGAAGGGGAUAUCUUCUAAUGCUGUUAUUUAUAACACAAUUAUGGAUGCUUAUGGUAAGUCAAACCAUGUCGAGGAGGCAGAAGGUCUUUUUGCUGAGAUGAAGGCAAAAGGAGUAGCCCCGACUGCUGCUACUUAUAACAUUUUGAUGGAUGCGUAUAGCAGAAGGAUGCAACCUGAGAUUGUCGAGAAACUACUUGAAGAAAUGGAAUCUGCCGGUUUGGAGGCGAAUGUAAGAUCAUACACAUGUCUGAUUAGCGCCUAUGGAAGGCAGAAGAAAAUGAGCGACAUGGCUGCAGAUGCGUUCUUGAGGAUGAAAAGGGUCGGCAUCAAACCCUCAUCACAUUCGUAUACUGCUCUUAUCCAUGCCUAUUCGGUUAGUGGCUGGCACGAGAAAGCUUACUUGGCUUUUGAAGAUAUGUUAAGAGAGGGAAUAAAACCCUCCAUUGAAACAUAUACUGCUCUACUUGAUGCGUUUAGACGUGCCGGUGACACUGAAACACUCAUGAAAAUCUGGAAAAUGAUGAUCAGGGAUAAAGUUGAAGGGACUCGAGUUACUUUCAACAUUCUGGUUGAUGGAUUCGCGAAGCAAGGCCAUUAUGUGGAAGCAAGAGACGUGAUGCAUGAGUUUGGGAAGCGUGGUUUCCAUCCGACUGUGAUGACGUAUAAUAUGCUGAUGAAUGCAUACGCAAGGGGAGGACAAGAGUCGAAGCUGCCACAGCUGUUGAAGGAGAUGGCCGCAUUGAAUCUGAAACCCGAUUCUGUUACCUAUUCCACGAUGAUAUAUGCCUAUGUCCGCGUCCGUGACUUCAGCAGGGCGUUCUACUAUCACAAACAGAUGGUGAAGAAUCGCCAAGUGCCCGAUGCCAGGUCAUACGAGAAGCUCAGAGCUAUCUUGAACGUGAAGGCGAAGAUCAAGAAUAGGAAGGACAAAAGCGCGCUGAUGGGGAUCAUCAAAGCCAGCGCGGGCUUGCUGAAGGAGAAGAAGAAGGGGAAGAAAGACGAAUUCUGGAAGACCAAGAAGGGGCUGCGGACGCCUCCUCCUCGCCCUCCUCAGCCUUCACGGUGAUCAUACGUGCCGUGGCUCCAUCUAUAAUGAGGUGAUGAGCUCUUCAAUUCUGUUGUGGAAUUUGAGUUUAUGAUCUUGUUAAAAAUGGAUUCUUAUGUAGAAUAUUGUUUAUGCAGAGUUCACUUAUGUAUAGUAGUUUUGCAUUUGUCUCA